AUGCAGAUCAAGGAUAGGGAGUUUUACUACGCGGUUGACCCAGAUAAUGCUGGCAGGCUCUGGAACGUCGUGUGGGUUCAUACACACUGUAAGUAUGCAUAUUGGGAGUUUCAUGAUGUAAUAUGUUUCGAUACAACAUACCUUGUGAAUCAAUGGCAUAUGCCAUUUGCUUCGUUUAUUGGUGUGAAUCAGCACCACCAGUCCAUACUUUUGGGAUGUGCUUUGGUUACUAGCGAGGACAUUGAUACUUACAAGUAUGUCUUCAUGACUUGGCUUCGUGCCAUGGAUUGGGUAAGACCAACGACUAUCUUGAUGGACCAGUGUGAGAGCAUUAAGGCAGCUCUUAGGGUAGUGAUGCCAGACACAAUUGACCGGUAUUGUAUUUGGCACAUAUUCACAAAGUUGCCUUUUAGGUUAAAGCGCGUUCGUGAUCAUAAAAUUGCCAGGAGGGAAUUUAAAUCCGUAGUCCUUGAUUCUAUUACUAUAGAUGAAUUUGAGGGGAGAUGGGAUGAAUUUAUAGAAAGAUAUGGCAUAGGAUACAGGAAUUGGUUCUCCAAUUUGUAUUCGGAGAGACAGAGAUGGGUUCCUGUAUAUCUUAAGCACUACUUUUGGGUUGGUAUGUUAUCCACACAAAGGUGUGAGGGGAUGCAUGCAUUCUUCGAUGGAUAUAUCAAUGGUCAAACCAUCCUGAAGCAGUUUGUAGAGCAGUACGAAAUAGCCGUGAGAGCCAAGUUUGAUAAAGAGUUACAAUCUGAAUAUUCGUCUGUUUAUACAGAAUCAAGUGUUUACAAUGGAUACGAGUGGGAGUUUCAAAUACAUAAACUUUAUACUCGUAAAAUGUAUGACAUUUUCACGAUGCAGAUAAAUGGCUCAUAUUUGGAGUGUAAUUGUAAAAACUUUCAAUCUGCUGGGAUUGUUUGCUGCUAUAUUCUAGAAGUGAUGAGACACAAAAGGAUUCAGAAAAUCCCCGAUUGGUACAUAUUGAGACGGUGGAGAAGAUAUGUCAUUCGUCCCCACCUGAAGAAAUUCUUUCCUGGAGGUUACCCAACUAUGACUGAUGAGUUCAAAAAAUACAAUAUGCUGAAGAAAUGGUUUGACAGGAUAUGUGAUGUUGCAUUGGAAAAUGAGUUGUAG